AUGAGCAAUGAGAUGAAAGAUUUGAAGAAGCAGCAACGACAGGUCCAGAACACAUUCGACGCUGUGCAGCAGUUUAUACGGAAGUUUAAACCAGAGAAGCAUCAGUUGCAAAUCCAAGUUAGACUGGAAAUGUUGGAGUCAGCCAUGAAGAAAUUCUACGCCGUGAGAAGGAAAUUGGAGAUACUUUCGGAAGAAGCGGAUGAGAAAGAAUCAAUCGACACCAAAGAGAGUUCUGAAGAUCGUGUUACAAGGAUGGAAUCGCUUGCUGAGAAGCGAGAAGAAGAAAGUGCCCAACUAUCUCGACAGGCUGAAGAUUCAUACUGUGAGAUGAAAUCAAUCCUACAGAGUCUACAGUCCGAUUUACAAUCGUCAUCAUCCUCCUCUUCGAAGAUACAACCGUCGGAUCAAUCGUGUGUGCAAUCUCGUGUCAAACUUCCAGAAAUACGACUGCCAAACUUUGGAGGCAAGACACGAGAUUGGGUAACGUUCCGGGAUAUGUUUAGAAGCCUCAUCCAUCGGAACGAACAGCUUACCGAAAUGGAUAAGUUUACGUAUCUUCGGUCAUCCCUCACAGGUGAAGCGCUCCAAGAAGUAAAUUCCAUAGAAAUGUCAGCGGUCAAUUAUACAGUUGCGUGGGAAGUACUGCAAAAUCGGUACGAAAACAAGAAGCUUAUCGUCAAGGCUCAUCUAGACGCACUAUUUGCAGAGGAACCAAUAAAGAGGGAGAAUUACGAAGCAUUAAAUCAUCUGAUCAGUGAAUACGAUCGAAACUUACAAAUGCUGGAAAAGAUUGGUGAAGCUCCAUCUAACUGGAGUACAAUUUUAGUGUAUAUGGUUUGCUCUAGACUCGAUCCUACAACUCUCCGCCACUGGGAAUCGCAUCACAGCUCAAAGGAUGUGCCCAGUUAUGAUGAAUUGACGACUUUCCUUCGAGCACAUUGUUCAGUACUACAAUCCAUAACACCCGCUAAGUAUCAGCAAAUUGAAAUCAAGAAAACGAAAUUAGCCACUAGUCAUACGUUCAUUCAAUCAGCGAAUCGGUGUCCGUUUUGUGGAGAAAGUCCGCACUCAGCAUUUAAGUGUCAAAGGUUUCUGGCUUUGAGAAUACCUGAGCGGUAUGACAAGGUGAAACGAAAUGGGCUAUGCUUGAAUUGUUUCUCUUCCUCACAUCUAGUUCGAGCUUGUACAAGUGGAGUUUGUCGUCAAUGCAGACAAAAACAUCACACCUUACUGCAUAUGGAAUCAACGAAUAGAAAUGUCUCAUCGUCGCAACAAAGUACUUUGGUCGCACGAUCACAAAAUAGAACACCACCAGCGAACAAUCAACAAACACAGUCACUUGCCCAGAACCAGACAACACGUACACCACUUCUUGGACCCAGUACAAAUUCAUUUCCCAUCACAAACACGAAUUCGCUUCUACACAAUCACUCGCCACUCACCACAGAUCCAAUUCCAUUCGAGCACACUAAUGCAUUGUCAGCAACCAUGCUGACUCCUUUGCGCCAAGUUCUACUAUCUACUGCCUUGAUUCGAGUGACAGAUCCACAUGGAAAUACUCACUUAGCGAGGGCAUUAUUGGACUCCUGCUCGGAGUAUUGCUUUAUAACGACAAACCUUUCGCAAAAACUAAGACUGACGGAAGCAGUCAGUCACCUGUCUGUUGCAGGAAUAGGAGGUUCUACUGUACGAUCUACUAAAAUGGUAGAGGCAUUUGUUGGUCCCCGUUCCACCAGCAUUUCGCCAUACACUGAAAGUCUGCAGAUGCAUGUUCUUCCAAAACUCACGUCGAAGCUACCGACCCAAUCGAUUGAUGUGAAUCAACUAUCAUUUCCGAACGACAUCACUCUGGCGGACCCUCAGUUCUUCAAACCUGGUUCCAUCGAUAUUAUAAUAGGCGCAGAACACUAUUAUGAUCUUUUAGACAACGGCAGAAUCAAAUUAUCGGAAAAUGGUCCCAUACUCCAGAAGACCGUUUUCGGUUGGGUUGUCUCAGGUCGCAUGUCAGAGAAAAGCGUGGAUAAUCGCAAAACGGUGUCUCAUGCUUGUUCGAAUGUCGAACUACGCGAAUUACUGACAAAUUUCUGGGAGUUAGAAUCAUGCAAAAGCACAAGCAUCUUUUCUGUUGAGGAAACCAUGUGCGAGGAGAUUUACGAUUGCACAACCGUUCGUGAUAUUGAUGGAAAAUACAUCGUUACUCUUCCCAAGAAAGAGCACAUAAUCAGGCAGUUGGGAGAUUCACAUGAUAUCGCAUUGAGGAGGUUCCAUGGUCUCGAAAAGCGUUUCGCAGCAGACAAUAAUUUGAAGACUCAAUAUACCGAAUUCAUCGAAGAAUACUUGGCAAUGGGACAUAUGAUAGAAGCGCCUGAAGAAGAUUCCAGUCAGCCUUUGUACCAUUUACCGCAUCAUGCUAUCAUAAAACCCGACAGCACCACGACCAAGCUACGGGUCGUAUUCGACGCUUCCUGUCGCACUUCAACAGGAGUCUCGCUAAACGAUGGACUCAUGGUUGGACCAGUUGUGCAGGAGGAUUUACUCUCCAUCGUAUUACGAUUUCGAUUCCGAAGGUUCGCUAUCAUAGCCGAUAUUGCGAAAAUGUAUCGCAUGGUGAAGUUGAAUUCAGCAGAUCAGCCACUCCAGCGCAUUCUCUGGAGAAAAUCUGCCAACGAACCGGUAACCACCUUCCAGCUGACGACAGUCACAUAUGGCACAGCCUCCGCACCAUACCUGGCGACGAAGUGCAUUCAACGGUUGGCGAAUGAUGCAAAACACACACAUCCUGUAGCAGCAGAGGUGGCUCGGAAGGAUUUUUAUGUAGAUGACCUUCUGAGUGGUACAGACAGCAUCAAAACUGGAAAGCAACUUGUCUGCCAACUCAUCGAUAUGUUCAACUCUGCCGGAUUCAGUUUGAGAAAGUGGAGCUCUAACAAUUUGGAGCUUAUCGAUGAUGUUCCUUCAGAACUUCGCGAUAAUCGCUCAACCUUUGAGAUUGAUUCAUCGUCUACUGUGAAAACCCUAGGGCUUAUUUGGGAACCAUCCGUCGAUAAAUUCAAUUACGCCAUACCUCGUUGGUGCUCUGAACCUACAAUCACCAAGAGAGUUGUUUUGGGAGACAUAGCUCGCAUUUUUGACCCACUUGGUCUCAUCGGUCCUGUAGUGGUACAGGCGAAAAUAUUUUUACAAGAGCUGUGGAAACUAAAGGGUGAUUGGGAUGAGCCAUUAUCCGUCAGUCAUCAGGAGUUCUGGUUAACGUACCGCAGAAAUUUAACUGCCCUCGAGUCACUCAAGGUUCCUCGAUGGAUUGGAUUUACCAAUGAUGCGAGCCACGUGGAAGUCCACGGCUUCUGUGACGCAUCAGAAGCAGCGUAUGGUGCGUGUCUGUAUUUACGCUGCACCUCACUUGAUGGAUCAGUUAGCGUUCGUCUCAUCACGGCCAAAUCAAAAGUUGCGCCAAUAGAAGAUAUCAAUCGAAAAAAGAAAAAACAAACCAUCCCACGUUUAGAACUAUCAUCCGCUUUAUUGCUGAGCCAUUUAUACGAGAAGGUUCGCAAAAGUAUACAAAUCCCGUCCCAUGCAUAUUUUUGGACCGAUUCGAUGAUAGUGAAGUGCUGGUUAUCAUCGCUUCCGUCUCGUUGGCAAAUCUUCGUAGCCAAUCGAGUUUCGGAGAUACAGCAUAUCACGAAGGACGGAUGCUGGAAUCAUGUAGCUGGCGAAAAUAAUCCCGCCAACAUCAUCUCACGCGGAAUGAUUCCCGCUCAAUUACAAUACCAAUCUGUUUGGUUUGAAGGUCCACUUUGGCUGCGCUUCGAUCGAUCCUUGUGGCCGAUAUCUACUGACACCAUGUCAGAAGGAGAUGAAGCUCUUUUGGAGGAAAGGUCUACCACGACUCUCGCUACUCACAAUCAAUCUACGAACGAGUUGAUUCUUCUACGAUCCUCAUUUCCUGAACUAGUCAGAUUAAUAGCAUUGAUUCGCCGAUUCAUCCUGAACGCAAAAACGAAGGAACCAUUUCCACGCUGGCCAGCAAUUCUUGAUCGCCUCGGUUCGGGAGCGUUAUUGCCGACGAAUGUUCGCAGUCUCGCUCGCAAAGUCGUUUUCGAGUGCACAUCAUGUUUCCGUAACAAACCUACGGUUCACCAGCAACUGAUGGCAGAUCUCCCAGCAGAUCGUGUAAGCCCAGCAGCAGCAUUUAUCAAGACAGGGGUAGAUUUUUGUGGUCCCUUCUUUAUACGCUAUCCUGGUCGUCGUAGCACAUCAAUAAAAUGCUACGUGUCAAUCUUCGUCUGCCUGACGACGAAAGCAGUGCACAUGGAGGUGGUUGCUGACCUCACAACCCAGGCAUUCCUCGGAGCCCUUAAGCGGUUCGUUUCUAUACGUGGAAAACCGUCAGUCAUCACCUGCGACAACGCCACCAAUUUUGUUGGAGCCAAUCGAGAGCUGGAACUACUUCGACUGCAGUUGUGCAGUCAACAAUUUCAACAUACUGUUACUCGCGACUGUGAAACUGAAGGGAUCCAGUUUAAAUUUAUCCCACCAAGAUCUCCAAACUUCGGCGGACUGUGGGAGGCCGCCGUAAAAUCGUUCAAAACGCAGUUUCGUAAAACGAUUGGAUCCAGAGUUUUAACAUAUGACGAGAUACACACCGUGGUACAGCAGUUAGCAGCAAUUUUGAACUCUCGUCCUUUAACGCCACUCAGCAACGACCCCAACGACUAUGAGGCCUUAACACCAGGGCAUUUCAUAGCGGGAAGACCUCUUGUGUCAAUUCCCUCACCAGAUUUGCAGGAAAUUCCUGAGAAUCGCUUAUUCUUGUGGCAGAAGUCGCAAAGUUAUGUACAACAGAUUUGGCGGAAAUGGAAAACACACUACCUUUCCGAUUUGCAUAACCGGACAAAAUGGACCCAGAAGCGCGACAAUCUCAUCGUUGGCACCAUGGUUCUGGUUAAGGACGAUAAUCUUCCUCCUCAGAAGUGGUGUCUGGGAAGAAUAGCGGAAACGAUUCCUGGAUCAGACGGGAUAAUCCGUGUAGUGACCGUUCGCACGAAGGAUGGUCUGCUCAAGAGAGGCAUCUCAAAAAUUUGUGUGCUUCCAGUUCGAGACAACUGCUCACCACCAAUAGCAGAAGAGUGUAAACCUCUUCCAUCGUAG